UGGUCCUCUCUCUGAUGUCUUUAAUGGUGCUGCUAUCUUCCAAACUCAAAAAGUCUUGUACAAAUUGGAAAGCUCUCACCACUGCCCGCAACAUUUGAAUUUUAAGGUCGUUCAACUUCAACAAUUCUGCUUAUCUCGAAUAUGUUUGGAAAGAUACUUGAUUGAGAGAAAAGAGAGAAGCUAGAGAGGUAGAUGGAAAUGGAGAAGAGAGAUCCAGAGCUCAGGUUGUUUGAUAGCAGUGAGGAGCUAUCCUCAGGGCUUGCUGAUUAUAUUCAUGAAAUUUCAGAGUCUGCUAUAAAAGAGAGAGGUUCUUUUUCCAUUGUUCUCUCCGGAGGAGAUGUACCAAGACGCUUGGGGACGCUAACAAGGUCAGCGUUCUUGAAAAUGGUGGAGUGGUCGAAAUGGCAUGUGUUUUGGGCUGAGGAGAACGUGGUUGCUAAGAGACACCCUGAUAGCUUUUACUGGCAAUCCAAAGAGUAUUUCCUCUCCAAGGUUCCUAUACCGCCAGCUCAUAUUGUUCCAGUAAGCCAUGGCGUACCGGGAGACGCUGCAGCUGAAACGUAUGAAUUCUCAAUCAGGCAACAACUCAGAAAUCGAACGGUCUCAGUUUCUCUAUCAAGCGAUUGUCCCAAAUUUGACCUUAUCCUCUUAAGCCUCAGACUCGACGGCCACGUGGCGUCCCUUUAUCCUAACUAUCCCGUACUUGGAGACGUCACGCAGUGGGUUUCACGUGUCUUGAUAGACGAGACUAAAGAGCGAGUAAUUCUUAGGCUCCCUGUUAUUAAUGCCGCUGCCCACGUGGCUAUUAUCGCCUCUGGAGCUGAUGUGGCACCUCUAUUCCUGGAUGCAAUGAUGGGUCAUAAUAAGCCCAUUGGAUCCGCUCCAGCUCAGACGAUCAGGCCCAAAGAUGGGAAGCUGGUCUGGUUCGUAGAUACUAGUGCUGCCUCCUUGUUUUUACAUGGGGGAGGAUAUUCUGCCACCUCAAAUUCAUAAAAUCUACUAGACUGUAUAGCUUAGAGAUGUGAUUAUGUUUCAUCUUUGCAUAUUUGCCAUUUUCAUUUUCUCUGGUAGCUUCAUGAGCAAGGUGUUUCUUUUCUAGCUAAUACAAAAAUAUAUCAACAAUUUAAAAAUUAAUCUCUUUCAAAAUGGAGUUAUAUGAUUUCUGGAUGGCCUUGCUGCUGUCUUCUAUCCCUGUGAAGUUAUAUUUUUCCAUGGACAUGAGAUGUGUGUGAUAUAUGACUCAUCAUCAGCACACCCUAAAUAACUUUGUGAAUCACUCGCAUACGCAAGCAAACCAACCGAAAUGCAACUUACAUUUUUGUGUUUCUCCGUGAUGCACGCAAGAAUUAAUCGACAAUAAUGUUAUUGUGAUGCUGAUAUGCCAAUACGUGAUUUAGUCACUAGAAUUUAGAACUAAGAAAUGCACAGCAGAAGAACCCAUUUUCAGAUACGAGGGUGCAUGAUCUUUUCCUAAUAAAAGAAGCCUAGAACCAAAAUUUUCAUUAUACCAGCUUCUUAACCUUACCUCACUAAGAAAGAAAAAUGGCAAUAAAGCUGGAGGAAUAUGUGAAAGUAAUGCUUGUGUUACUUGCGUUUGCAGGUCACCUCCAUGCUCAUGAUAUGCCUACUGAAAACAAUGAAACAGCCUCAGCACCAACUGAUCAAGGGGACAACACAGGCGGUACGGACCACAGUGAAGGGUGGGUAUACCGUUGUGGUUGUGAUGCCGCCCCUGAUGGAAGUUGGAAUUACAAUUGGGGUACAGGUUCAGGGCCUGAUGGCAGUACUUACGGGUAUGGAUCGGGCUCAGGUCAGAGCCCUGAUGGUGGAGGAUUUGGGUUCGGUUGGGGCAGCUCUAGUUCAUCUGCUGCUGGAAGCACUGAUUCUUAUGGAUUUGGCACCGGUGAUGGGGAUGGCAGCUACUGGUUAGAAAAUGAUCCAAAUCAUGGUGUCUAAGGUCAUCAUCCCAAAGUUCUUGGCACCAAAAAUAACAGGGACAAGCACAAGACCUAAUUACUGACUAUAGUUUAUAGUUUGUUGUGUAUAAAUAAGUCCAUUUAUGAUUAUUGAUAUUAUGCUCUACGAAAACAUGCUUUUUUCUUUCUCCUUUUCUUAAUGUGGAUUUAAUAGUGCAGGCGCAAGUUAUUGAUUGUAGAGUAUUUUAUAGCUCAAGAAAAUACAAGUAUUAGUAUCAUAUAUUUCUUUUGUAUUGAGAACUGGAAAUAUUCCUCCAUUAGUUCCAGGUUUACUAAAAAGACAAUAACUAAAUUUACUUAUUGGUGAGACUGGCAAUUCUUAAAGGCGACCUCUGCCUAAACGGCUGGUCGUUUUUUCUUUUUAGCAUUAUCCUGAACUAUACUUGAAAUCUUUUAGUAUUUAUUAACGCCUCUUACUAAUAAGUUCUUGCAAUCCGAGAUAUGAAAAGGUAAGCAGAGCAAGACCUGAAAAGAAAGUCAACAAAUGGCAAAUCAAGGUAGUGGGCGAGGCAGUUCAAACCAGAAUCCAAGGUGGGACUUCCGAUCGCAGUCUGGGACAUCGCAUAAUGGGAGCUGGACUUACAAUUGGGCUACAGGUUCAGGUCCUGGUGGUGGAAGCACUUUUAGCUUUGCGUCAGCUGCUGCUUGGAGAGGUGAUAAUAAUGGCGGAUUCGGUUUCGGAUGGGGUGGGUCUACCUCACUUGGAAGCGGAAGCUUUGGAUUUUAUGGAAACGGCAGCGGAUUCGGAUUUAGCGGUGGCAGUGCCAGUACCGGUGGUUUUAAUUUUCACCAUAAUUUUGGUCAAAGCCAAGGCUCAUCAGGCUAAACCAGGACCGACAGGGUUGGCAAUAGACCUAUUAUAACCUGAAUGAUUGCAGUUGAUUUAUUGCAUAUGUAUGCAUAUAUGGAAUGAAAGGAGUGUACUACUAAAAUCUGCUAGUUUUCUCUGUUGGCUAAGACUUGAGAAGUAUGUAUUAUGAAUGCAAUAAAAAGAAGUGAAAACAUUUUGCAA